GAGGUAACAGUUGAGUAAAUUUUAGAACGCAUUGCGUAAACACUUGUGAGAUGUUAACUCAGUUUCUCGGAAACCUUUCGUGCCCGGUUGAGGUUGGGCAAGUGUUCGUCAUUGGUGCCAGACCCAUUGACGACGCUGAACGCGUGAACAUUAAUUUCUUAUCGGGUAAAUCGGACGAUGCUGAAAAUAUCUUCCACUUUUCGAUUCGAUUCCACGAUGAUAUCAUUAUUCGUAAUUCCAAAGUUGGAGGUUCGUGGGGACCGGAGGAGAGAGAAGAUAACCUAAAUGAACUGACUGCACCGAACCCUGUAAGCCCAGGGGAAAUCUUCAGGCUGUACAUUCUGGUUGGUGACGAUCGGUUUCACGUGGCCAUCAAUGGGCAUCCGUACUGUACGUACGGUUUCCGGGGACCGUUGGCCGACAUCCGGACCAUCCGGAUCGAUAAGGACAUUCAGCAGAUCGUGCAGGUGGACCAUCGACAGGCCUAUCCGGUGCCGUUUCCGGCAAUUCAGCUCGAGGAAACGUUCAACACGUUCAGCAACGAUGUGCCGAAGCAGUUCUUGCCAGGGCACGUUAUCAUCAUGACUGCCAUCCCGUUUGGAAAUCCACGUGGCGGUUUUAUAAUUCGUUUCAACGAAAAUGGCACCAAGAAGCAAGCCCUUCACUUGAAUCCCCGUUUCGACCCGCACUACGUCGUAGUCCGGAAUUCGCACACCGACACUCUGGAGUUCCGCCGCGAUGAGGAACGCUCUGGUGGAUUUCCAUUUGUGUUGGACCAGCAAUUUAAGCUGGCAAUAGCUUUGACCGAGAGUGAGUUUAAGUUUGCGGUCAACGGCAGCGUGUUCGAGUCGUAUGCGUACCGUAACGCCAAUCUGCUCAACGUCUUGAACGGCUUCAAGGUGCAGUGCUCGAACGGGAUGCAGCUCGAGAUCACCAAUGUAGACCAUAUGAACAUGGGUGUUCCGGAUUGUGAGGGCUUCGAAAGCUACUCCCAUCCGGAGGUGGAAAUUUUCUAGAAAUUGUCAAUUUUCGCAGCCGUUUUGUUCGUCCAAUAAAUUAACUUACUUGGAA